AUGGGGAGAGGAAAAGUAGAACUGAAAAGAAUUGAGAAUCCCUCAAGCAGACAAGUUACAUUCUCAAAGAGAAGAAAUGGAUUGCUGAAGAAAGCUUUUGAAUUAUCAGUACUCUGUGAUGCUGAGGUUGCUCUUCUGAUUUUUUCUCCCUCUGGAAAGGUUUUCCAAUUUUCCAGUCAUGACAUGCUGAGGACAAUUGCAAAGUACAAAAAUGAAGUAGAAUUACCUAAAUCAGAUGAUCAAGGCAUAAGAACCAUGGAGGUUUGGAGAAAUGAGAUUGAUGACUUAAAGAAAACAGUCCAAGAUUUGGAAGCAAGAGAUAUGCAUUUAGCCGGAGAAAAUCUGUCGGCGCUAGGCAUGAAAGACUUGAAACAAUUAGAACGCCAACUAAGAAUAGGGGUUGAGCGCGUUCGCUCUAAGAAGAGGCGCACCAUUGCAGAACAAAUCAGUUAUCUGAAGAGAAAGCAGCGGGACCUGCAAGAAGAGAACCUUCAUCUGCAAAAGAAAGCCAAAUUAUAUGAACUUCAAGAAGCCAAUACAAGUUCAAGCGCGCUUGAUGUGGAUGCAACACUAUAA